CGCAUUCUACGGAAAUCUCAACAACCUGGGCCUUGCCCUGAAAUUCUGCCCAUCGUGCGGCGGACCGUUCUAUAAUUCGACACUAUCGGACGCCUCGUCCCACCAUGGCGAGCCAAUCAAGGAGCAUCUUCCUCAGCCUCCCCCUGGAGAUCCGCGAGGAGAUCUACCUCCAACUGCUGGGCUUCCGCGACGACGUCGAGGUCAAGUCGCUGUCCCCCAAGCUCGACCGCUGGAUCAACUCGAUCUGGCACGAUAGCACCCAUUCGGAUUCGUGCUGCGACGGGGAUUCCAACGGGUCGAGGGGGAGGACGAGUAUCCUUCGCGUGUCGAGGCAGGUCGGCGGGGAAGCUCUCAAUGUGCUGUACCAGCGCAACACCUUCGCUAUACAUACGCACGCCGAGUGCUAUGACAAGCUCCUCAAGUUCGGGACCGCCAACAUGCGGCGCAUCCGUUCCCUGAGACUCGUCGCACACUCUCACGAGCUAGGGUACAUGGAGCCCGUCAAGUUCGAUCCCAGGAUCUGGGGCCCGCUCCUCGCAGAUCUGGCGCACCUCUCCCUCGUCCUGCAGCAGCCGUGGAAGUCUCGGGGCUACCGCGACCACAACGGUUUCGAGGAGGACUUGCGGAAGUGGCGGGUUUGGCUAGAGCCGAUCUUGCAGUAUCUCGCCAGCAAUAUCCCCGAAAACACCGCCGUCAGCGUAGACGACAACGGGUCGGCGGAGACGAGCGACGUCGUGCAUAGAUGCUUCCUUUCCGGCUACCAGAGGGUGCAGACCAAGAUCGGAGAUGAAAUCUUCGAGAGGGUGUUGCCGUCCGAUUCUGAUUACUGGUACGACGACUAUGACAUGGGUUCUGCUUAUGGCGGCGCUGUUAACUGGUCAGAUUAAAGUCGAAACAAAUUUCUGCGUCCCUUAGGUAGCUGCCCCUGAGAAUUUGAGGUAUCUCUCUUGCACGCACCGAUCACGCAAGUUGGGUAUUAUUAUGGUAAAUUUCGGGCAAUUGUAUUAUAGAAAAUCACAUUACGAGGUAGAGAGGUACCGGUAGUAUCAGUGUGCAAGAUUAAGAUGGAAGGGAAAGAAAAGUGGAAUUACGAUUAGUUGAAAAGUUGCUGCCUCCUAUGAAACGAUAGGUAGCUCAGAUACAUACGUUAUAAGACCCUUAGCUCUUAUGUAUUCCUGUCGGAAGAAGUAUAUGUCUAUGGUGGAUGUCAUAUACAGAGUGAGUCCCAGGAUCGUAGGUAUAUGCAGGAUACUAGACUGAACUAGUAAUGUCUAGCCUUCUAUCCC